AUAGGAAAGAUGUCUCCCAGACUACUCUCCAACUUCGAUAAUAUCAUCCUGAAUACGGACACCUACAAACAUUCGCACUGGAAUCUCUAUCCUCCGAACACAACGCAUGUCUCCAGUUACAUAGAGUCGCGCGGAGGCGAAUAUCCGGCCCAUCUAUUCGUUGGUCUACAAGCCUUUAUCAAAAAGCACUUGCUCCGCCCGAUCACGAUUGAUGAUAUCGACGAGGCAGAGAUUGUCACGCGUCAGCAUCAAAUUCCAUUCAACAGGGAAGGUUGGCUUGGGAUCGUCAAUGAGCACAACGGCUAUCUCCCUGUGGAGAUUGAAGCAGUUCCCGAGGGGACGGUCUUACCCAUCAAGAACGUCCUCGUUCAGAUCGUCAAUACAGAUCCGAAGUAUCCCUGGGUGACGAGCUUCAUUGAAACGGCUCUACUUCGAUCUGUCUGGUACUCUACUUCUGUUGGAACGACGAGUUGGCUUGCAAAGCAGCUCAUCCGCGAAGCACUGGAGAAGACCUCGGAUCACCCGGAAAUCCUUCGAGACGUCUUGCAAGACUAUGGUGCUCGUGGAGUGAGUUCCCAAGAGUCUGCAGCUCUGGGGGGACUGGCGCAUCUCGUCAACUUCCGACAGACGAACACCAUCUCCGGAUCUCUCGCGGCUACUCUCUAUUACAACGCUCUCAACCCUGCUAUUUCCCAACCUAACUCGGAACACUCGACGGUAACGGCAUGGGGAAAGGACCACGAGGUUGACGCCCACGCGAACUUGAUAAAACAGUACAAGGGUUGGCCAUUCGUUGUGGCUGUAUCUGACUCGUACGACUUGGAGAAUGCCGUCAAGGAGAUAUUCGGCACCAAACUCAAGGAUGAGGUCAUCAACAGUGGCAGCGUUAUCCUAGUGCGACCUGACUCCGGGGAUCCACCAACAGUGAUUUCCGAGACGAUUGAGGGUCUUGUUGAGAAGUUCGGGUCGACGACCAACUCGAAAGGCUACAAAGUCCUUCCAGACUACAUUCGAGCUGCACAGGGUGAUGGCCUUACCAUUCCCUCUCUGAAGCGAAUUUACGCCGAGCUUGAUCGUCGCGGCCUAUCCGCCGACAAUAUUUACUUGGGCAUGGGCGGCGGUCUGCUCCAGUACAUCAACCGUGACACGCUUGCCUUCACUCAGAAGGCGAACGCAGUCCAAAUAGACGGCGAAUGGAGAGAUAUCUAUAAGCAGCCAAAGUCUGAUUCUGCGAAGACCUCGAAACGCGGCAGACAAGCACUGGUGAUCCGCGAUGGCGAAUACACUACUGUCCGAAAGGAGGAUCUCAAGGAAGGAGAGGAGAAUCUACUCCGUCCAGUGUUCCGAAAUGGCAAGCUGCUCGUCAACCAGAACUUCGAAGACAUUAUUGAGCGCAGCGAGCGUCCUGUGCCGCGCUGGUAUUAUGAGCCCGUGUGGCAGAUAAAGGAGGGGGUGAAUGGGUUCAAGAAUUAAUGACAGUCGUGAUACUGCUAGUUUAUUUUAGAACAUUCUCUGACAGCAUGUUAUCCCGAACUUUGAAUUCGCGAAGAUACCAAUGAAUUCUGCUCAACCUAUUGUAUACGAACAUUUCCGCUCUUCUCUCAAAUCAUUGCAAUGGAAUCUCUCUAGCG